GUAUAUGCGUCAACGUUCUCGGAAAACUAUCGACGUGUAUACAAAGUUAUAGCUGGAGUCUCUCUACGCUGAUAUGCGUACCAACACUAUACCAACAACUAUACAACAGAGUACAGACUACGAAGUACAACAGUAUAAUAGGAUUUAAACGUGUUUCAUGGAAGUUCCCGCAGAUGGCAGUGUGAUCGUUUCUUAUAGAGUCGAUAUACGCAACAGAGUUGAACCGUUUACCCGAAGGCAGCCAUUUUCGGAUCUUUCGCUUAAUUAAAUAUCCGAAAGUGCAAUUUAGCACUAUGUAUAAAUUUGCAACAAAUAAUCGUGAGCGCGUAUAAAUCGUCGUUAAAGGAAAAAAAAAAAUUACAACUUAUUCGAAAUCGAACGAGACGAUCCACCACAGUCCACAUCCGCAUGUUCGUCUCCAAAAACAGCUUGACAAUAGCACAAGUAUCGCAAUUAUCAUGUAAACAUUGUUAUUAUCAAUAAAAAAUUCUCACCUACCUCUUCGCGAAGACCAACGCGAGUAACUUGCUGAUCCGUCGAAUCUCUUCUCCGAGUGCCUCUGUCACCAAUGACAUCUUAUCUGUCUACUUACUUCUAGCUUCAGCUGUUCGAAAUCACAUCGUGCACGUGCGUGUGUCCAAUUCGUCUGCAUUAGAGUCGUGAAUAUAGCUAUAUACUGUCACUCGGAGAAAAUCUUCGAGGAAGACGUCCUCGGGCGCACCGGAUCUCGUUCGGAACGCGAGUGACUCAACUUCCAAAGUGCCAAAAAGUGGGCCAGUUUUUGCAGACAGCAUAUAUUCAACUCUCGGUUCAACGACAUUGAUCUCAUUCCGAGGAAUCGGGGAACAUAAGAGAAUACUCCGCUCGGUUUUUCUUUUGGGUUAGGAUAGAUAUAUAGAUAUAAGUACAGGUGCACAUUAUAUGUCAUAAGUAGCGCGUGAAGCAUUUUAUUCGGGUCGCUGCGAAAGUGAAGGAUGAUGUCAUCGUGGGAUUUUUCAAAUUCCCUGAAAACGUCCCGACUGUCACCUGUUACACUACUAUAGUCGCUAGUGCAGCUGCGGUUAGCAGCUGACUUUGGUUGGAUAUUUACCCUCAUCGAGAUUCGCAACUUUUUAUACAGAGGUGUGCGACGAGCCCGCUGACGGUGCCAAUAAUAGGCUUUUAUAAAGUUUGACGUUCGACGGACUGAAACAAAGAAGACGCUGCAGCGUUUAUUGUUGUCGAGCAUACAUUCGAGAAGAAAAAAAACUAGUCAUGAAUUCCCAGGUCCUCACAAAGAGAUACCAAGGGUUUAACAAUAGCCACAAAAAGAAAAACAACAACUACAAUUACUUUGUACUCCCAACUGCGGUAAGCCUGCCAACGUUUCCAAUACCCAAAGAUUUGAUCCCUGUAGUUAUGAGAGAUCUAAAGCCAUUUGAUGGCAUAACAGAAAAAGGAAUACAGUUCUUGAGGGUACUGGAAAAAAUAAAAAAUGCAGAGGGAAUAGAAUUGACAGAGAAAAAUUACCUACAAAUUUUUAAAAUCAUGUUAUACGUUGAAGAAAUCCAAAAUAAUAAAGAUAUGAGAAGGUAUGAUCAAGAAGGAAAGAAAAUUGAAAGGAUAUCAAAGAACUUGAAAAUUUUUAAAAUUUAUGUGGAUGGUUUAAUGGAAGAGAGACCAUCAGUCAGACCUAAUGAUACAGUAGAAAUUCGGGAUUCUGCAAGCAAGGUUUUAUAUCUACUAACAGUUACGAAUGUCAUGAAUGAUCAUCUUAUAGCAGCUGCUGGUGAAAGGUUUUGUCAGCAGUUUAGUCCAGAAAAGUUGUAUAACGUUAGAUUCAAAUUUCAAAAUUAUCCACUAAGAUGUUGUCAUUAUGCCAUAACUCUGAUGAAGAUGUAUGAAUUAACUCCACAUUUCUUUCCUUUCAAAAGGCCAACGUUUAAUAAACCAAGCAGCAACGAGUAUUGGUUUAACAAAAUGAUUGAAAGUAAUCCAGAACAGAAGCAAGCUGUCCUUAAUAUAGCUUGCAAAGCAUCUUAUCCUGCACCAUACAUUUUAUAUGGACCCCCAGGAACUGGAAAAACUGCUACAGUGGUAGAAGCUAUUUGCCAGGUGUGGCAAGAAAAUCCAUCAGAGCAUAUUUUAGUAUGCACUCCAUCUAAUGCUGCAGCAGACGUCAUAACGAAACGAUUAUUGUAUUGUGGAAUUCCAGAUCAUAAUCUGUAUAGAAUGUACAGCCCAUCGAAAGAGGGGUCUCAAAUUGAUGAUGCUAUUGUAAGCUGCUCUAAUUAUGUUGAUGGUCAAGUAAUGAUGCUCCCUAAAGAGCUUGUGCUACUGAAAAAAAUUGUUAUCUGCACUCUUGUUGCCUGUACAAGAUUGUUGUUUAUGGAUUUUCGCGAGAAGCAUUUUGCAUAUGUAUUUAUUGAUGAAGCAGGACAAGCCACAGAACCAGAAGUGAUGAUACCAUUUUCUUUACUAAGUAGUACAAGAGAAGGUCGAAUUGGAAGGCUACACGGUCAAGUAGUUCUGGCUGGUGAUCCAAAGCAGUUGGGGCCUGGAGUUAGAUCGACAAUAGCAAAGCCCAUACUUGGAAGAUCAAUGUUGGAAAGAAUGAUGGAUUGUGAGCCCUACAGGAAAAAUGAACAUGGUCAAUACAAUCCAAGUUAUAUCACAAAAUUGAUUCGAAAUUACAGAAGUCACCCUGCCAUAAUUCGCGUAUCCAAUGAACUAUUUUACGACGACGAAUUGAUAGCUUGUGGAGAUGAAGAAGAAAUACGUAAAGCAGAAAAUUGGCCACACCUCGUGCAACCAAAAUUCCCCAUUAUUUUCCAUGGUGUUGAAGGUUUGGAGGAAAAAGAUCAAAAGUCACCUAGUAUUUUCAACAUGGCCGAGAUAAAAUUCGUUGUGCACUACGUUGCCAAUCUUUUACUGGGACAAAAAUUGAACAAUACUAUAAUUACACAAGCGGAUAUUGGCAUAGUUACACCAUUUUCUGCGCAAAGAUUUAAACUGCAUAGAGCUCUCCAGGAACGUGAUAUUAAUAAUAUCGAUGUGGGUACAGUCGAACUUUUCCAGGGACAAGAAAAAGAAAUCAUUAUUCUUUCGACAGUUCGAAGUAAAACGUUCUUUCACGACAAUAGACAUCAUAUAGGAUUCCUAUCUAAUGAGAAAAGAUUCAAUGUAGCCACAACGAGAGCUAAAGCUCUUUUGAUUGUCGUGGGAAGCCCGGCAAUUCUACAGACAGACAAAUCCUGGUGGCAUCUGUUGAAAUUUUGUCAGCUCAAUAACGCGUGCCGUGGAGUUAAAUUUAAUUUAAGAAAUGAUAUACAAGAUUUUGAGAACGCGAUAGCUAAUGGAGUAAAACAUCACAAGUGGUCUUUAAACGAUAGUAACUUGGAAGUUAUACAAUUAGAUGACGGAAUCGUUGUGAGUGAUGGUGGUAGCGUAGUGGAUGAAAAUGAACGUCCGAGUACAUCUCGCAAUACUACCAACAAUACUUGGGGUCCUGCCAAUACGUACAAUUCAUACACAAAUAAUUUCGCUACUAAUAGUACUUUUAACCAUGCAUCCAAGUACAAUUCAUACGCCGCGAGUAAUAAUGCUCCUCGCUCUGAAGUAUUAAUUUCAAAUGUAGUAAUGCAGAAAAUGAGCGACUUAAAACUGGAAAAGGCAAACGCUAAGAAAAAAAGAAAAGAGAAAAAAAAGAAAGAUAAGAAUGAGAGUUAAUAUGAUAUUUAAACGAACCGAUACCGCAGAUGCCUUAAACGAUCAUUAUUAACGAUGCUAAACUUUUGAGUAAAAUCCAAGUAACGUUGAUAAAAUAUUGUUGAGUGUCAGCCUUUGUAAAUACUUUUGUUACUUUGUGAUAUUACUCUAGUACCGAAAGUUAAGAAAUUUUUACUAACCAAAAUAAAAUUUAACUCGUUCAUAUUUUUAAUGUUGUGAAAAAUGUCACACGUAUAUAUAUUACUAACAUCGGGUACUAAGUUUGUAUUUUAUCUAUUAGACUUGAUAUUAAUAUUAAUUAUUUUUUAAAAAUUAA